UCCAGCAUAGCAUCAUCAACGACAACAACAACAACAACAACAAACAUACAACCACCAAGUAUACGUGCAUACGAUACAACUGUAACCGAUGGUAAUGAUGCAAUAAUAAAAUGUACAAGUACAUCUGAUCUAUAUCAAGUGGUUGCAUGGAUAACCGAUGAUGAUGAUAUUAUAUUACCAUUUGAUUAUCAAUAUCAAUUACAACAACAAGAUAUGAUCACAACUACUAUGGGCAACUAUGGUUCAAAUACUGGACAACAACAACAACAACAACAACAACAACAUCAUCAUCAUCAUAAUGGUAAUGGUUAUAGUUAUUAUACGAAUUUUUAUAUACCAGCUGAUACAAGAUAUUAUGUACUGCCUUCCGGUGAGCUAUUGAUUGCCGCCAUCCGUACGAAUGAUCUACGACGACAAUUUCGUUGCCGUAUGGCACAUCGUUUAACCGGUGAACGUUACGAUUCAUCCAAUUGGGCUAGAAUUAAAUUAAGAGAUCAAUCAAGUCACAUUUCGUAUAGACCACGAUAUAAUUUGGAUGCAUCAUUACGUCGUACAUUGACAAUCGAUGAUGAUAAUGAUUAUCCUGAUGGUGAUGAUAACCGUCAUCAAAAUCAUUAUUUAUCACAUAAACCAAUUGAUAUUUAUUGUUCAUUUGAUGCUCAACCACCACCAAAUAUUACUUGGUAUUUUCUCAGUUAUUUUGAUCCAAAACAUUACCGGCGACAACCAGGUGGUGUCGAUGAUUUUAUUGCUCAUCAUUUAAAGCCUUUACAAUCAUCAUCAUCAUCAUCACAAUCAACAUCAUGGUCAACGCAUUAUACAAUAACUGCCCGUCAUAUUCGUAUAAAUCAGCCAACAAUUCGUGAUGUUGGUACCUAUGUUUGUGUUGCCAAUAAUUCUCAUUUUCAAGUUCGCCAUGAAACUGAUUUACUUUCAAAACGUUUAUUACAUUUAAAUAUGACUAUUAUGAAUCAUAAAACACAUCGUACUGGUUCAGGUCCAUAUUUACCGGGUGAUAUAUUAACAUUAUCAUGUAAUCUAACACAUUUAUUAACAAUGUUUGAUCUGUUAUCAUUAUUACCACCAUUAAUGAAUGAACCAAAUGAUGAUGAUGAUAAUGAUUUGGAUCAUAAUCAUAUCGAUGAUGAUUUUAUAUCACCAUCAUCAUCAUCAUCUACAAAUCUUGAUCCAGAAUUAGUGAAAUAUCGUCGUAUAAAAUUGUUAAAUCAAGUGUUACAAUCACGUUUUAUGAUUACUUAUUACUGGUAUCAUAAUCAAGUGCCAAUCAGUUCGACUAUUGAUCAUAAUAAUAAUAAUAAUGUUUUCAAUAAUGACAACAACAAAUAUGUCCGAACAAAUGCUGAAAGGUUUUUUUCUACCAGUAAAUCAUCGAAUAAUCCACAACAACAACAACAACAACAACAUUAUGAAAUUUUUGGCCAUCAACGAAACGUGCUUCGAAUAUAUGACCUCGAAUAUUCGGAUGCCGGUAUUUAUCAAUGUUUUGUUCGGAUAAAUGGUGGUCCUGAUUUUGAACAAUGGUUACAAUCAUCAACAUUGAUAACAAUGUAUCAAUCAUCACCAAAAUUAAUACAAACAUUCAAUGAACAAAUAUUAAUGAAUCAACAAGAACUUUCAUUGAAAUGUAUGGCCACAGGUAUACCGGCACCAACAAUUAUUUGGCAAAGAAAUCAAAUCAAUUUAACAGAUAUGGAUGCAAAUUUAAUCAAUUUACAAUACACUGGUUCAUCAUCAUCAUCAUCAUCGACAAAUAAUCAACAACAUUUAUAUCGUUAUAAAACCAGUACAUUUCAAUUGAAACCGACAAAUUUUUUUACAUCACAACCAUCAUCAUCAUCGUCGUCGUCAUCGUCGACAAUAAUCAAAUCUGAACAGCAACUUUUAUUUCAAACAGUUUCAUAUUUCAACAUAAGUACAUUACGCCCACAGGAUGUUGGCCAAUUUCGUUGUUUGGCUAUAAAUCGUGCCGGUUCUAUUGGUCAUCAGGCACGGAUUGGCAUCAUUGGUCCACCAUAUGUACAUCCGAUUGCUGAUCAAACGGCUGUUGUUGGCCAACAAUUAUCCAUACAAUGUGCCUAUAGUGGAUAUCCAAUUGAAGAAAUUUAUUUUGUCAAAUCUAAACGUCGUCUUCCAUUUGAUGAAAGACAUUUGAUCACACAAAUUGGUCAUUUAACUAUUACACAGAUCGAUAAAAGUGAUGAUGGUGAUUAUUCAUGUAUUGUUAUUGGUGAAAAUGGACAACGUGCACAGCAAACAUUUCAUAUUAAUACGGUUAUGCCACCGGUAUUAAGUCCAUUUAUAUUUUCUGAUGCAUUGGAAGAAGGUACACGUGCAACGGCUGUUUGUUCAGUUAUUUCUGGUGAUCCUCCAAUCACUUUACAAUGGCUUAAAAAUGGUCAACCAUUAUUAGGUCAAUUAACAAGAUCAGCUGAUCCACAUAUACAAGUGCUCAAUAUAAAAGAAUUUAUUUCAUCAUUAAUAAUAACAAAUAUAACUAGACGCCAUCAAGGUGUUUAUACGUGCCUUGCAACAACACCGAAUACUAGUUCAAAUCGUACGGCAAUAAUGCGUGUAAAAGCACCACCUAAAUGGCUAAUAAAACCUGCUAAUAAAGUAGCAAUAACACAGCCAACAAUUAAUCCUUUAAUACCAAUGGAUAAUUCAAUGAUGAUGAUGAUGAUGACAAAUCAUCCAAACAGUAUGGUUCGUUUUGAUUGUUUAGCUUCAGGCAAUCCAACACCUGUGAUACGAUGGAAAUUUUUACGCAUGAAACGUCUUAUAUUAAACAAUAUGGAUGUAAGAAAUAAUAACAACGGAGAAUCAUCAUCAUCACAAAUAGAAUCAGUGCCAAUAUUAAGUAGUCCACAGAUUCAUGUACUUGAGAAUGGUUCAUUAUUAAUUCGAUCAAUUGAUAAAACAAAAUUCGAAGGAAUAUACUUAUGUGAAGUAUCCAAUGGUGUGGGUAAACCAUUGGAAGCUCGUGCUACAUUGACCAUAUAUCAAACACCACAGAUACAAGUGAAAGUAAUUCCACAUGGUAAUGAUGGUGUUGGUGGCAAUAAUGGUGCACAUAAAUUACCAUCAACAGUUCAGGAUCAUGAUCAAGUGAUACAAUUGGCCAUUCGUCAUCAUAGUCAAGUGUCCUUAUCAUGUACUGGUACUGGUGCCGUACCAAUAUUUAUUGGCUGGUAUAAAAAUGGUCAAGAAAUCAAUGUAUAUGAUACAAGUUCAAUUACAUCAACUAGUUCAUUUCGUAUAUUUGAAUCAUCCGGUACUGGUACUAUAUUAGCCGGAAAAAAUCAUGGUAAAUCAUCAUCAUCAUCAUCAUCAUCAAUGGAUAUGGGUAAACAAUUUGGUGAACGUACAACAAAUUUAUUGUUUAAACAUGUUGGCCGAUCCGAUACGGCACAAUAUGUUUGUUUGACACGAAAUUCUUUUGGCAUAACACAUCGUAUUGUUAUGCUACAUGUAUUAGAAUCUCCUGAUGCACCGGAAUCAUUGAAAGCAAUUGAAGUUGGUAGCCGUACAGUAACAUUAACAUGGUCGAUUGGUUAUACUGGAAAUCUACCAUUAUUAUCACAGAAUAUUGAAUAUAAAAAAGAAGCUGAUAAAACCUGGCAUAAUGCAUUGAUGAUUAAAUCCAAUACAAAUACAGUGACCAUACAUGGCUUACAACCAUUGACACCAUAUGAAUUUCGUGUAUCAUUUGUCAAUGAAUUAGGUACUAGUGAACAUUCACGUUCAAUUACAUUGACUACACAGAUGGAAGCACCUACAGUUAUGCCGGACAAUGUACGUGCCGUACCAUUAAGCACACAUGCAAUACGUCUUACAUGGUCGAUACGAUUACCACCGCCACCACCACCAUCAUCACCACAAUCAUCUCAUCAACAACAGUCACAUCCGUCCGAUUCAUCAAUUGCUACAACUACUACUAGUGAUAUUGAAAUAAUUGAUGGUUUUUAUAUUGGUUAUCGUAUUAUUUCAACCUCAUCAUCAUCAUCACCGGAAACCAGUAACGUUGCUGGUAGUCAACAAUCACAAUCAUCAUCAAUCAUCAUCACAUUAGCCGGUAUCAAUAAUCAUCAAUCAUUGUCGUAUACAUAUAAAACCAUAUCGAAUACACCAAUACAGCCAUUAUAUUCAAAAAUGUCAACUAUUGGAAAUAAUAAUUGGAAACAAUCAUCAUCAUCAUAUGGUGGUGGUGGUGGUAUACGUACAAAAUCGACACCAAAUUCAUUUCUAAUCAAAUUAAAUAAUCAAUCUACAUCAAUUGAAAUGGAUCAAACAUCAACAUCGAUGAUGAUAACAACAUCACCAUUUCAUCAAUAUUAUGAACAUAUAAUCGAUACAUUACAGCGACAAACAUUGUAUCAAUUCAUUGUACAGGCAUUCAAUGAAAAAGGUGCCGGACCAUCAUCGAUUGAGAUUACUGCUCGUACAUUUGCUCAUGAUCCACCAAGACCACCAAAUUUUCGUAUUGAAAAUGUAUCCACACAUGAAGCAUUACUUUCAUGGGAUUAUACAUCGAUCAUUUCACGUGAUGGUAUUUAUCUUAUGUCAUCGUCAUCAUCAUCAUCAUCAUCAUCAUCAUCAUCUUCGAUGGCAUUGAUUGGUCAAGAUGGCAAUUCAAUACAACAACAAGAUAAUAAUGGCCCAUUAUUAGUGGAUGGUUUUGUUAUUUCAUAUCAUUUAGCACAAAAUUAUGUUAUUGAUGAUAAUAAUAUUGGUACAGAAGAUUGGCAAUCGAUUACAAUUAGUUCAUCAUCAACAUCAUCAUUUAUGUUACGUAAUUUACGUUGUGGUAGUGAAUAUGUUACACGUAUUGAAGCAUUCAAUGAAAUGGGUAGCGGAAGACCAUCGGAAAUGAUUCGAUUUUCAACGCUUGGAAGUCCUCCAAUACCACCGGAUAAAUAUGGCAAUCAUUUUAUCAUAUCGAACAUAACAUUUGUAAUUAUCAAUUUGGAUCUUUGGUCAGAUGGUGGCUGUCCAAUCACCGGUUAUAGUAUUAAAUAUCGUACAAGACGUCAUUAUCAUCGUAACCUAAUAGGAUCAUCCAAUAAUAAUAAUAAUAAUAAAAAUAGUGGUGGAUGGAUCACAUUAUCCACACAUCUGAUGCCUGAAAAAGAAAAACUCAUUAUUCGUGAUCUAUUACCAGGAACAUGGCAUGAUUUAAUAAUAGCAGCACAAAAUGAUGCUGGUAAACGUGAAUCGGAAUAUAGUUUUGCUACAUUGACGGAAAUCGGUGCCACUGUUGAACCAUUACAUGCAUUUGAAUCACGAAUGGCAACAAAUACUGGAACUACUGGAGCCGUAACAAUUAUUGGUACAUUAUUUGAUGAUCCAAUGAUAUUCAUACCGGCCAUUUGUACGAUCAUCGUUUUGAUUGUUGUCAUUUCGACAUCAAUAUUUUUGUAUGUAAUGCGUAUACGACAGGAAGCACUGCAGAUUGCCAACGAUGAUACAUAUUGUUCUCAUAGAUCAAGUACACGUUUAGAUGAAAUGUCACUUAGUUCCUAUCCGAAUAGUAAUGGUAUAUGUAAAAAAUCAACAUCAUUAAUGAAUGCAACAAAAUUGAAUGGAAAAGUACAUUUAAGUUAUGAAAAAAAUAAUGGCAUGAUAAUAAAUAAUGGCGAAACGGAACCACUUUAUGAACAGACAAAUUUUGCAACAGCCAUUGGUGGAAAUCAUCAACAAUCAUUAUUAGUAAAUAAAGCGGCAACAUUUCAUAAAAGUCCACAUCAUCAACGAACCGUAAUGAAACAAUCGAUUGGUGAAACAAAUCUAUUGGAAACGAUUGAUCUAACAUCAACAACAACAACAGCUACAACGGUUAACCAACAUCAACAACAGGAUCAAGAUCAAUCAAAUGAAAGUUAUUGUUUUGAACCAAUAUUUGAUCAUCGUGAUCCAUUGAUUGGACAAUAUUUUAAAACAUUACAAACACGUUCAUUUCAUCAUCAACAACAACAACAACAACAACAACUUAAUCAUUUAAAUAAUCCAUCACAAUCAUCACAUUUAUAUCAGAUGCCUGAACAGAUUAAACGUGAACAUUUUCAACAACAACAACAGCAGCAACAGGCAAAUCUAAUAUCAAGUCUUAAUCCAGAAAUUGAAAUGAUCGAUAUAAUUGGUGAUGAAACUUGUAUGAUGAAAAAAUCUACAUAUCAUCAGCCAUUAUUAUCAUCGACGACGACAACAACAACAACAACAACAACAAUGACGACAAAACCAUGUAAUGCAUAUAUGACAACAUUUGGUAUUGUUAGGCCACAACAACAACAUCAACAACAACAACAAGGUAACAUUAUCAAUAUUCUUCAUCAACAACAACAACAAAAACCUCAACCUCAAUGAAUUUGUAGAAAACAAACACACACACUUACACACAGAUUCCAUUGCCAAAAACUCAUGAAUGAAAAUACAAAAAAAAAGUGAUAUAUUUAUCUAUCUCCAUAAACAUAGUUUUUUUUUUGCUGCCGACCAUUUUGUAUUUUUUGAUUUAUUAUUACAAAUUUUUUUCCUUUGC